GGAAAGAUAGUGCUCUUAUCUUAUCGUAGCGUGUCACUGGCCCGCUGCGUGCCGACUGCAGGGGCCCAACAGCUGCGGCAGGCACCCCGGAUUAGACACUCUUGGCGCCAACCACAGGGGAGCUCCAAGGAACACAGCUCACCUCUUUCAGGUUCAACCUUCAGGACCACUCUUAUACACACUAAUUCAGUAUCACGACGUCGAUGACCAAUUGUUCUGCGAUAAUUCUACGAUCCUUUCUCAGAACUUUUGUUCGGAACAACAUAAAAUCCACGCUCCCGUCGAACCGAAUUCACCCAGGGUCAACUCCGAACCCGAGGAACGAUGGACGUGGUGCAGGCCGUGACGAGCUACGUCACCAAGAUGGUGUCGGCCGGCGACAGCACAUCGGGGACGUCGCAAUCGGCCAAGAUGAAGAUUCUACUGCUGGACAGGGAAACUAUGGCUUUCAUAUCGACCGCCGUCACGCAAUCAACGCUUCUCAACCAUGAGGUGUACCUCACAGAUCGCCUAGACAAGCCGAACCGGGAAAAGAUGCGCCAUCUACGUUGCCUGUGUUUCGUGAGACCAGACCCGGAUUCCAUAGGCCUUCUUAUUGAUGAGCUGAGGGAGCCUAAAUACGGAGAAUACCAUCUUUUCUUCAGCAAUAUUGCCAAAAAGUCCACAUUGGAACGUUUGGCCGAGGCCGACGAUCACGAAGUUGUGAAGCUCGUUCAAGAGUAUUUUCUGGACUAUGUGAUCAUCAAUCCCGACCUGUUCUCUCUCAACAUGUCUCAGCCUCUGUACCGCCUAUGGGGUGGGAGCCCGGACACGUGGAAUAGAGACUCUCUUCAACGUGCAUCUGAAGGCCUCAUUGCUGUCCUGCUAUCGCUCAAGAAGAAGCCCCUCAUCAGGUACCAGAAGUCUAGCCCCCUGGCUCAAAAAUUGGCGUCAGAAGUGCGAUAUCACAUCACACAAGAGGACCAGCUCUUUGAUUUCCGCAAGGUUGACACACCACCAAUCCUUCUCAUCCUAGACCGAAGAGAAGACCCCAUCACCCCCUUGCUCAUGCAGUGGACGUACCAGGCCAUGGUACAUCAUCUUCUCGGUAUUCACAACGGUCGUGUAGACCUAAGCAGUGUACCCGACAUCCGUCCCGAGCUCAAAGAGAUUGUUCUAUCUCAAGAUCAAGACCCAUUCUUCAAGAAGAAUAUGUAUCUCAACUUUGGCGACUUGGGCAGUAACAUCAAAGACUAUGUUGAGCAAUACCAAUCGAAGACGAAGAACAACGCCGACAUUGAGUCAAUAGCCGAUAUGAAGCGUUUCAUUGAAGAGUACCCCGAGUUCCGGAAACUCUCGGGAAAUGUCAGCAAGCAUGUCGCCCUCGUCUCUGAACUGAGCAGGCGAAUAGGCGCAGAACAUUUGAUGGAAGUCAGCGAGUUGGAACAAAGCAUAGCUUGUAACGACAACCAUGGAGCUGAUCUCAAGAAUAUACAAACACAAAUUCAAUCGCCCACUCUCCUCCCUUCUUCCAAACUUACCCUGGUAGCUCUCUAUGGGCUUCGUUACAGCAGGCACCCAUCCAACGCUCUCCCGUUGCUCGUCGACCUCCUCAUCACAGUUGGUGGAGUGUCUGUACGGGAAGCCUCCCUUGUAAACAAACUUCUUACCUACCACCAAUCCCUCCACGCCUCGGCAUCGGGAGCAGGCGGUAUUACCGACUUGUUCGAGUCGACGGGUCUGUUCAGCGCAGCCAACUCACGAUUCAAGGGCCUCAAGGGCGUUGAAAACGUUUACACACAACACUCCCCUCUGCUGGAAACCACGCUGCAAAAUUUGGUGAAGGGGAAACUAAAAGAAGGGCAGUAUCCCUUUGUGGAGGGCAGCCCAAGCGUGAAAGAUAAGCCGCAGGAUAUCAUUGUGUUUAUCAUUGGAGGAGCUACGUACGAAGAGGCGAAGAUGGUGGCGGGUAUCAAUGCCAGCAGUCCUGGGGUCAGAGUCGUUUUGGGUGGUACGACGGUGCAUAAUGCGGCGACUUUCUUGGAGGAGGUCGAAGGGGCUAAGUCACCCCCAAUCAAGUCGAUCAUCAAGGGGGAUGCGUCCAAGCCAAAAAUUAUCUUCUCCGGGAUCCAACCCACCGGCGUGCCACACCUAGGGAACUACCUCGGCGCGUUGAAGCAAUGGAAGGACAUGCAAGACAACGCCCGCGAGGCGGACAAGCUCUUCUUCUCGAUCGUCGACCUGCACGCCCUCACCAUCCCAGGCAACGCAGACAAGCUCCGCCAAAACAGGCGUGAGAUGCUCACUUCCCUGCUUGCCAUCGGCCUCAACCCAGAACGGAGCAUCAUCUUUUAUCAGGGGAGUGUACCUCAGCAUGCCGAGCUGCAAUGGAUCCUCAGUUGCACCGCUUCAACAGGCUAUCUAUCCCGUAUGACACAGUGGAAGUCCAAACUCUCCACACUCACUUCCACCCCCCUUUCCUCCUCCUCCCCAGACCCAACAAUCUCCUCCCCAGCCCUCAAACACGGCCUCUUCUCCUACCCAAUCCUCCAAGCAGCCGACAUCCUCCUCCACCGCUCAACCCACGUCCCCGUCGGCUCCGACCAAAAGCAACACCUCGAGUUCGCCCGAGAGUGCGUCACAAACUUCCACUCCGCCUGGUCCACCCACAUCUUCCCCUCCCCCCAAACAAUCUCCCUCGACUCCUCCUCCUCCCGCAUCAUGUCCCUCCAGGACCCCACCAAAAAAAUGUCCAAGUCCGACCCCAACCCAAAGUCCAAAAUCUUCAUCAACGACGACGAGGCGACGAUAAGGAAAAAGAUCAACUCUGCACGGACGGAUAGCAUAAGUGCCACAGUGGGGGAGUAUGAUCCUGUCAACAGGCCGGGCGUGGCGAAUCUGCUCGAGAUCUUGGGCGGGUUCACGGGCAAGACGGGGGAAAAGGUGGCGGAGGAGUGCAAAGACGUUACACUGGCGCAGCUGAAGAUGCUGACUGCUGACGCUGUUGUUGCGGGGCUGGAGGAGGUGAGGGAGAGGUUCUUGUUGCUUGAGGAGGAUACAGAGGCGAAUAGGAAGCGGGUCAAGGAAACCGAGGAGGUAGGCACACAAAGCGCGAAAGAGAGCGCCGAGAGGACGAUGGAGAAGGUUAGGGAGGCGAUUGGGCUUGAUUAAGAGCCAGCAAAUGGUAACGGAAUGUGUAUGAUAGGGAAGGAAAUGCUACAUUGUGAAUAUUCACAUCAUUUGGAAUAGACAAAAUCAAUCACACCCGCCC